GCGAGCUCUAUCCAAUAUGUAUUGGGCUGUCUACUACGCUUUAGUUGCUUAGAUGCCAUCAAAGGGAACCAUAUCCCUUGCGUAAUCGAACAGUGCAGCUAAACAUGACGAGUGUGACUAAGCGAAAGCUGGACGACGUCGUCCAAGCGGUGGUAGUAUCGCAACCCAAAAAGAUGAAAGAUGCUGCAAAUAGUUCCGGUUCCGGGGCUCAGCAAUUAGUCCCCUCGAAAGCUAACAAAAAUGCAGUAGUUCCAGCUAAUCUCAAACGCACCUCUAAUCUUUUAGCACCCACAAUGCUUCUCACUGGGCACGAUGGGGUGGUGAAUUGUGGAGCGUUCAGCCCGGAUGGUAGUAUAAUCGCUACCGGCUCACAGGACAAACAAGUGUUUCUAUGGCAAUCGACAGGAGAGUGUGAGAAUUACAUGGUUCUUUCAGGACACACAAACGCUGUGAUGCAGGUGGAUUUUGCAUCCGGCGGCGGAGAGCUAUUGUCGUGCUCGGCCGAUAAGUUUUUAGCGCUAUGGAAUGUGUCUACGGGUGAACGCAUUAAAAAGAUUAGAGGCCAUACGGCGGUGGUGAAUAGUUGCUGCCCAUCGAGGGUAGGCACUCUGGCGUGUUCAGGGAGUGACGAUGGAACUGUUAAGUUAUGGGACUUCCGUGAGAAGAAGGCUGUGGCGACGUUGAGUAAUAGGUAUCAGGUGACCGGUGUGUGUUUCAGUGCGGAUGCACAGAGGAUAUACUCGGGUAGUAUAGAGAACACCAUUAAGUGCUGGGACUUACGGAAGAAUGAGGUGGAAUAUCACAUGAACGGGCAUACAGACACGGUCACAGGAGUGGAACUAAGUCCUGAUGGAAAUCAUCUGCUCAGCAAUGCUAUGGAUAACUCAGUCCGCACGUGGGAUGUCCGUCCAUACAAGGCCGAUAACAGGUUAGAGAAGAUAUUCACGGGAGCAACGCAUAACUUCGAAAAGAAUUUGCUAAAAUGCUCUUGGGACCCGAGUGGUAAAAUGGUGACUGCUGGCUCUGCUGAUAGAUUGGUCUGUGUGUGGGAUGCGAAAAGCGCGAAAAUGCUCUAUAGACUGCCAGGACACACGGGCACAGUAAACGAUGUCAAGUUCCAUCCACGCGAGCCAGUCGUGCUCUCCUGCUCAAGCGAUAAGAAGAUGUUUUUGGGCGAAUUAGCGUAGUUCAAUCUACAAUGGCCGACGUAAUCAAAUAAAGAACCUCUACCGUAUUUAGAAUGUCGCUUGUCGUCGAGUGUGUAUAGUUAGCGAAUAAAGGCGUCCACAUUUGCACUGCU